GCCGGGUCAUUCUAGAUAUCAUUUCUAUCGCCACUACUAGCGACAGUACAUCUAGCAGGCAUACUCCCCACAAGUCUGAACGAUCCGGCAAUAUGGGUCAAUCUCAAAGUCUAUCCACACAGGUCGAGAUCCAGGCGUCUCCAGAUACUGUCCGAUCGGUCUUCAUGGACUUUUCUCGAUACAACCAAUGGACAAAUUGGACCAUUGUGCCCAUAGACUCAGACAAGCAGCCCGCCGACUUGAAGCCCAACGAUUACCUCAAAGUCGACAUUGGCGGCGGGAUGGCCUUUCAGCCGCUUGUGGUGGAAAACACCUCGGAAACAUUUCAGUGGCUAGGGUCACUACCGGUACUCUUUUCUGGAAAGCACGAAUUUCAUUUUUCGUCCAGCAACGAACACCCGGGAGGAACCAGAGUGGUGCAGCUGGAGAACUUUACAGGUCUAUUGGCUUUUCUCAUGGCACCAGGAUGGAGCAUGCGACAAUCAACGCUGGAAAGAUGGGAUGCGUUCUUCGUCGAUUUGAAGAAGGAAGUCGAGAAUCCUUCAGCAUCGUAGCCGAAGCAUGGUGAGCCUGAAUGGCCAUGAACUGGAAUGUCCUUGUGAAACGACGCCAUAGUCUCUGUCAACGAACUGGAAGACGUGAGAAGAAAUCUUCAUCUGUCG